AUGCCCGUCACAAACUUUUCCACGCCCGAUCCAUAUACCUACUUGAAUGGCUUCAAUUCCUACCACGAAACCGAAGCCAUAAGCGGCGCUCUGCCUGUUGCUCAGAACUCGCCGCAGAAACCAUCCUACGGACUCUACGCCGAGAAGCUAUCAGGAACAGCUUUCACCGCACCACGACACGAGAAUAAACAAUCAUGGCUCUACCGUAUCCUUCCAUCAGCCGCCCAUUCCAACUACCAGCCCGUUGCUGAAGACACAUACCACACUUCUCUGAGUAACAGCAAUAACAAUGUUCAACAUCAACUGCACUAUAUCCCUAAUCAACUACGCUGGAAUCCCUUUGAUUUCGACGAAAGCGUCGACUGGGUCCAUGGCUUGCACCUUGUCGCUGGCGCAGGUAAUCCUACUACAAAAUCGGGACUGGGGAUUCUGUUAUAUGCUGCGGGAAAGGAUAUGGGCAACGAAGCAUUUUACUCGGCCGACGGUGAUUUUCUGAUCGUGCCUCAACAUGGAGUUUUGGAUAUCCAGACGGAGUUAGGUAAGAUACUAGUUCGGCCGAAUGAGAUAUGUGUCGUGCCGAGAGGUAUGAAAUAUCGGGUGAAGCUUCCCUCCGGCCCUGUGCGAGGGUACAUAUGUGAACUCUACCAAGGCCAUUUCGAGCUGCCGGAGCUAGGUCCUAUUGGUUCCAACUGUCUAGCUAAUGCACGCGACUUUCAAGCCCCCGUAGCAUCCUUCGACGAUGACGAAGGGCAACCAACCGAAUACACAGUAACCAGCAAAUUCAACAACAAUCUAUUCUCAGCCCACCUAUCCCAUACACCGUUCGACGUGGUGGCCUGGCACGGAAAUUACUAUCCCUUCAAAUAUGAUCUAGGUAGAUUCAACACCAUCGGCUCAAUUUCCUACGACCAUCCUGAUCCUUCCAUUUUCACCGUUCUUACAGGCCAAUCUGAUCAUCCUGGCACCGCUAUUGCGGAUUUUGUCAUCUUCCCAUCCCGCUGGCUUGUCACCGAAAACACUUUUAGACCCCCAUGGUAUCACCGAAAUGUGAUGUCGGAGUUUAUGGGCCUGAUAUCGGGAGACUACGAUGCUAAGAUAGGCGGCGGAUUCAGACCUGCAGGUGCCAGUUUGCACAAUAUUAUGAGCGCGCAUGGACCGGACGCCAAUGCGCACGAAAAGGCGAGUAAUGUAGAGCUGAAGCCGCAGAAGGUCGGCGAAGGAAGCAUGGCGUUCAUGUUUGAAAGUGCUCUCAUGGUUGGUGUUUCGGAAUGGGGGUUGAAGACAUGCGAGAAGGUGCAGGAAGAUUACAAUGCAGAGAGCUGGGAGCCUUUGAAAAGGCAUUUUGUCAAUCCCAACAAAAAGAAGUAG